AUGGCAAGAAGUUUUGUACAGACGAUCAAUUUGCCUUCUGUGGCUCCUUUGUUGAUUGGUUCCCAACUGAACUGGAUUGAUAUUACUUGUAGUAGCAGCAGAAGACCCACAACCACAACGUUUUCCAUUUCUGCGCAGCCGGAAACUCUGAGGUUGAAUUCGAACAGUUUCACCGGACGGCGUUCGGCCAAUCCAUUUGACAGUUUGGUCGUCCGAUGUGGCGGCGGCGGAGGCAAAAUAAUAGCGUUAGAACCUGUGUUUGAACGCUUUACGGCUAAAGCCAUGCACGGCCAUAAUUAUAAUGAACCAGAGCACAUCUUGUUGGGGUUGGUUCGUGAGGACGUUGUUGGAACUUGUGUUCUUGAGCAAUUAGGUGGCAAUAUGGCGGAAAUCCUGUCCCGAGUGAUAAAAAUGAUGGACAAAAAGGGAGAACCGAAGAGAGAUGCCAGGAUGGAUGAUGUUAAUGUAAUUGAGAAGUAUGGUACAAAUUUGACAGAGCUGGCAAAACAGGGGAAAUUGAAUCCUGUCAUUGGAAGACAGGAACUAAUCGACCGUGUAAUUCGAACGCUCUGUAGACGGUCGAAGAACAUCCCUUUCCUCGCUGGGAAGCAGGGUAUUGGGAAAACAGCUAUUGUUGAGGGUCUUGCUCAAUGGAUUGAAAACGGAGAAGUUCCUGAGAUAAUGCAGGGGAAGAAGCUCUUACUUUGUGGAUUUGAGCUUUUAAUUGUGCUUCUUCUGGUCAUAAAACUGGACAUGCGACUCCUCCUUGCUAGAGAAGAAAAUCGUGAAGAAAGGCUGAAGAAAUUGAUGGAGGAGGUCAAACAAUGUGAUGACAUCAUACUUUUCAUGGAUAAAGCGGAAGCAUAUAUUGGAGCUGAUGAUCGCCAUACAGAAAUUGACGGAGCAGUUCAGGCAGCAAUGAUUUUAAGACGUGCUCUAUUAUGCGGUGAGCUACAGCGUAUUGUGGCGGAUAGUUGGGUCGACAAUGGGGAUCGCCUAGAGAGAGAGAUCGAGCUUCAAGGUCUAGAGAAAUAUGUUGAGCUAAUUGCAGUGCCUGAACUUCCUGUGGAAGAAACUGUUCACAUCUUAAAGGGACUUCGCGAGGAUAUGAGACAUACCACAAUGUACAGUACACAGAUGAGUCUUUGGUCGCAGCAGUCCAGCUCUCACACAAAUAUCUCAGGUCCCUUACCUGUAAUUGUCAUAUUGGCGUCUUUCACUGGGGAUCUUUCCCUUUUAGCAUUUCAUAUUCUCGUGCCUUUUAAAUGUUUACUACAAAUAUCUUACAGGAACCGAUACUUACCUGGUAAAGCAAUCAAUUUGAUGGAUGAUGCUGGUUCUCGUGUUAAAUUUCAUCAAACACUUCGUCAUGCUAAGGUUCCAGAAGAGGUUACAGAUCUACAGAUUGAGCUCGGACAAGUCACCUCAGAUAAGUGUAAAGCUCUUGCAAGUCAAGAUUUUGAAAAGCGUUCGGCCAAGACAUUGGAUAGUCUUAUUCCCCGGUGUGGCGGCGGCCGCGGCACCGGCGAAACCGUUAGAAGUGAUACGUUGGGCUCUUCGGGAAAAUUGCUUGCGAGGCGAAUAAGCCCAGAAGUUAAGUUUACAGAGACAGCCACGAACGUUGUCCUUGAACUUGCUGCCGAUGAGGCAAACCGUUUCGGGCAUAGUUUCAUUGGGCCAGCUUGCCGAACACGGAAAUUGGACCCCUUAAUCGGGAGACAGGAAGAGAUUGAACAUGUCAUUCGAACACUGUGUAGAGUGUCAAAGAACAUCCCUCUCCUCGUCGGAGAAAAUGGUGUCGGAGAAACAACAAUUGUUGAGGGUCUUGCUCAACGCAUUGUAAAUGGUGAUGUUCCUAAGUCACUUCAGGGGAAGAAGGUUGUAAAACUGGACUUAGUACACCUGUUUGCUAGAGAUCAGAAAGUAAGGCUGGAGAAAUUGACUGAGGUCAAACAAAGUGAUGAUACCAUAUUUUUCACCGAUUUGUGUACACUAACAUGCUUUAGGUUUUAUCGUGAGGAUUAUGCUGAAACUAUUUUAGGACCAGCUCUUUCUCUGGGUGAGCUACAGAAUUAUCCACCUCUAGAGCCACAUAUUGAGCCAAUUAAGGUGGAUGAACCUUCUGUUGAUGAAAUCGUUCAGAUUCUAAAAGGGCUUCAAGAGCGAUAUGAAUCUCAUCACAAAGUACGUGAUCGGCCUUUGCCUCGUAAAGCAAUCAACUUGAUAGACGAUGCUGGGUCUCGUGUUAGAUUGCAUCAAACACUUCGUCAUGCCAAGAUCCAAGAGGAGGUUAAAGUGCUGGAAAUUGAGCUUGAAAGUAUCACCUCAGAUAAGCUUGAAGCUCUCCAUAAUCAAGAUUACAAAAAGGCCUCUUCGUUACAUGAUAGAGAAACAGAUCUUAAGGCUGAAAUUUCAGCACUUAACAACAAAGGAAUAACUGUGACUGAAGAGUAUGUUCGAGAUACUCUGUUGCCGGACUAUCAUGUUGAUGCGACUUCCAUAGAUGAAUAA